AUGACGAGCGACUCGAUUCCUAGUCGUAGCUCUCACGUUAGAUGGAACGCCCCUCCUCAGAUUCGAGAAGGAUGGUGUGGCUUACUCCAAGUUGAUCGCGCACAUCUGACGUCUUACAUGAACGGUCUUACUUGGAGCUUCUUCUUCAACACAGCAAUUCCUCUCAAACCCGCAGGAGCCAGGAGUAGUAGCAUCAUCAUCAUCAGGUUCAAACUUGCCUUCGAAGCAUUUGGGUCCAAUUUCUCGGCCAUAAUUCUACAGUGGAAGAAACGUAUUACGGAGUAUGGACCCGGGCCAGAGCAGUCAGAAGCAAGCAACAGCUGGAUUGACGACCACCCACAAUUUUCAUCGCAUUCCCGAAUCCCUUUAGCAGCUGUCUUUGUCAAUGAGUGA